UUAGUGUACAGGUCGGUGAUUCUAACCUAUAAGUUGUCUGUGAUUCUAACCAAGAAACGUUUUGUCACUGACAGUGGCGGUGAAUUGUUACGAUUAAUCUGUUCAUCGACAAUUUAAGUUUACCGUAGAAAUGCAAAGGGAAGAAAAACAGUUGGACGCUGCUCUGGAGGCGAUCAUCCUGCGAGUCAGUGAUCUAAAAUCUGCUAUCGCCGGAAUGCUUUACAAACUGGAGCACGAAUAUGAGACACUGAGCUGGCCAAAUUUUCUCGAUAAUUUCGCUAUUAUUUCGGGUCACCUAACGAGUCUUUCAAAGAUUCUUGGCCACGAUAAAGCACCAAAUAUGAGAAAUUUCACGAUAUUGCCACUCCUCUUGAGUCCAGAAAAAGAUGAGGAUCUGCUCCGAAUGACGGAAGGUAGAAUAUCAACAUUUGCCCACGAUUUAGUGCCAGACUAUUUGAGAACAAAACCGGAGCCAAUGGCUGAACAGAAAAUGAAUCACCUAGAGCUCAAGGCUUCCAAUCUCACUUUUGAAGCAUCACAGGAUUCCAAUAAACAAGUAGCACAGUAUAACAAAGUGGUUAGUCAUGUAUGGGACAUCGCUUACAAGACCCGAGAGGAAUGGGAGGGCGAAGCUGGUGCCAGAGCUGCCCAGGUACAAACUAGCAGUUCUGCAGAUACUCACACAUUAGUUGCUGCAAUUGGCAUGGGCAAAGGUCUCAAGUCCGAUUCUGGACCGAUGGCUCAGUCAAGAGUGAGUCCAGGACCACCGGGUAUAAUGGCUGGGAGAUCUGGUGGCCAGGCACAAGCUGCUGGCCAAGGGCAAAUAGGAGUGGGGCAAAUGGGAAAAGCUCCAAGUGCAAUCAAGACCAACAUUAAAGCAGCUUCACAGAUUCAUCCUUAUGGACGGUAGAGGUUUUGUCGGGAGAUGUUUAUACGCUUUUCUCAAUUCAAUGUCAUAUGUAUGAGAAAGACAAGGAAAACCUAUUGCAUAGUACUUUUGGUGCAAAUAUCCUUGUUUCCAGUAUAUCGAUAUUUCAUCAGUUGACUGAAAGAUUCAAGAGAGUGUGAAAAUGUGAGUUCUCUUCUUGAAGCUGAUAUUUCGUUUAUAUACAAUGUCUCAGCCUUCCGGUUAAGGAGAAUGUGCAAAUAUUACAAGAUAUUGUAUCGUUUUCGUGAGCAUCUUUACUUUAAUUAUCCAUGCUCUAAACUGCAGGCAAUGUAUACUGACUCACAUGUUAUCUAUUUAAAAAUAUA